AUGUCCAGCGAUGACAUAAAGCCACACACAAAUUUUCAUUACCUGAGCCACUUUAGUCUGAUCAACCAGCUGAAUCAUUAUAUGACUGAGAAUAACCAACUAAAGCUAAAGGGCCUGAAUGAUGCGCACAAAAUUGCUCACACCCUCACCCACUUGGACGAGUAUUGGUCACUUGUGAUGGCAAUGUCAGAGAAUGAUGUACCUUGUGUACAGCACAUUCUUGUUUGGCAGAUUCUCACAACCCUAGAGGACGCAAUUGCUGGAACUGGUGAUGAUCUUGAUCUUGCCACACUACUUAUGUAUGCUCUCAAUCAUCGCUUAGGUUUACCAUCACUACAUACCCUCCAAGCUCACUUGAUCUUUACAUCCAUCACGCCAACAAUUGGUUCAAUUUCACCAGACCAAUUUGAUGCCAACAUUAACGCACUCAUUAUCACUCCGCAUACUAAUCUUGUCGUCCUUCUCCAGGGACAUUCUGAGAGGGCAUCUCACUAUCGCCCAGCCAACUGUGUUAUCGGCCUCUGUCACUCCCAUUCAAAUCUUAUUGAUCCUAUGCUUCACACCUACGACUCCACUCUUCGAAUUGCCACUAAGCUUAAUGAGGGCGAAGUUCACCUUGGCAAAGAGAUGUCUGUGAUGGAUAUUCAUGCUUUUGGAGAUGACAAUCUUUUUCCUAUUCUAGCUGCACCAACAUGCAAGAUGGAGAAUGUAGCUACAAUGAUGGAAAUCCUCACUAUGGCUCGAGACUGGUGGCGAGCAACUGGAGCAGAAGCAUGUUUUGGUGCUGGACACUGUUUGUUUGUCAAGAUGGAACUUCCAAAGAUGUCAAAGCUCUACAGCACAUUAUCAUGUAUGCCUGGUCUCAAUCUUGCAACUGGAGAUGAUGAGAUCACUCUUGAUUUUGACUACAAGCACAUAUUUAAGUGUUAG